AUGGUUGUUGACCCCGAAAAGCUCGCCAAGUUGCAAAAGUCCGCCCCCAAGAAGGUGGGUGGCUCCCGUGUCAAGGCCAAGAAGGCCAUCAAGACCGACGGUGACGACACCAAGUUGUUCGAAGCCUUGCAAAAGAUCAAGGCCACCAAGAUCGACAACAUCGAAGAAGCCAACUUCUUCAGAGAAGACGGCAAGGUGUUGCACUUCCCCAGAGUCGGUGUCACCGGCGCUGCUGCCUCGAACACUUUCGCCUUCACCGGCUACCCUCAAGAAAAGGACGUCACCCAAUUGAUCCCGCAAAUCUUGCCUCAAUUGGGCGCCGAAAACCUCGAAAUCUUGAGAAAGUUGGCCGAACAGAUCCAGGCCGGCAAGACCCCUGAGGAAUUGGCCGCCUCGAUGCCUCAAGGCGGCGACGAAGAAAUCCCCGACUUGACCGACCAGAAGUUUGACGACGUUGAGUAG